AUGCUCAAAGGCGUUCCUGGCCUUCUUUUUAAGGAGACGCAACGUCAUCUGAAACCCAGGCUGGUUAGGAUUAUGGAAAACACAUCGCAGGAUGAGAGUCGCAAAAGACAGGUCGCUUCGAACUUGAGCAGCGAUGCCGAUGAGGGCUCGCCGGCAGUUACGAGGCCGGUUAAAAUCACCAAACGCCUCAGGAAGAAGAACCUCGGGACAGGCGAGCUACGGGACAAAGCAGGAUUCAAGUUGAAGGUGCAAGACGUGAGCAAAAACCGUCACAGACAGGUCGAUCCGGAAUACGAAGUCGUGGUAGAUGGCCCGAUGCGCAAGAUCAAACCGUAUUUCUUCACAUACAAGACUUUCUGCAAGGAGCGCUGGAGAGAUCGGAAGUUGCUUGAUGUGUUUGUGGAUGAAUUUCGGGACCGCGAUAGGCCUUACUACGAGAAAGUCAUCGGUUCGGGUGGUGUGCUCCUGAACGGUAAGUCAUCGACGUUAGAUAGCGUAUUGCGUAAUGGAGACCUCAUUUCGCACGAGCUGCACCGUCAUGAGCCACCGGUCUCCUCUAGGCCGAUUAGGACGGUGUACGAAGAUGAUGACAUCCUGGUGAUUGACAAGCCCAGCGGGAUUCCAGCCCAUCCCACCGGGCGUUACCGCUUCAACUCCAUUACGAAAAUACUUGAAAAACAGCUUGGAUACACUGUUCAUCCAUGUAACCGACUGGACCGCCUAACCAGUGGCCUAAUGUUCUUGGCAAAAACUCCAAAGGGAGCCGAUGAGAUGGGUGAUCAGAUGAAGGCGCGCGAAGUGAAGAAAGAAUAUGUUGCCCGGGUUGUUGGGGAAUUUCCUAUAGGUGAGAUAGUUGUGGAUAUGCCACUGAAGACUAUAGAGCCGAAGCUUGCCCUAAACAUGGUUUGCGACCCGGAAGACGAAGCGGGCAAGGGCGCUAAGACGCAGUUCAAAAGAAUCAGCUACGAUGGACAAACGAGCAUAGUCAAGUGCCAACCGUACACGGGCCGGACGCAUCAGAUCCGUGUUCACUUGCAAUACCUGGGCUUCCCAAUUGCCAACGAUCCGAUUUAUUCCAAUCCGCACAUAUGGGGCCCAAGUCUGGGCAAGGAAUGCAAAGCAGACUACAAGGAGGUCAUCCAAAAACUAAACGAAAUUGGUAAGACUAAAUCUGCGGAAAGUUGGUACCAUUCUGAUUCCCAAGGUGAAGUUUUGAAAGGGGAACAAUGCGAUGAAUGUGGCACCGAACUGUACACUGACCCGGGCCCGAAUGAUCUUGACUUAUGGUUGCAUGCAUAUCGGUAUGAAUCCACUGAACUGGAUGAGAACGGUGCUAAAAAGUGGAGUUACUCUACUGCGUUUCCUGAGUGGGCUCUUGAGCAGCACGGCGACUUCAUGCGGCUUGCCAUCGAACAGGCUAAGAAAUGCCCACCCGCGAAGACAUCAUUUAGCGUUGGUGCCGUGUUAGUUAAUGGGACCGAGAUUUUGGCCACUGGUUACUCACGGGAGCUGGAAGGCAACACGCACGCUGAACAAUGUGCACUUCAAAAAUAUUUUGAACAACAUAAAACCGACAAGGUUCCUAUUGGUACAGUAAUAUACACGACUAUGGAGCCUUGUUCUCUCCGUCUCAGUGGUAAUAAACCGUGUGUUGAGCGUAUAAUCUGCCAGCAGGGUAAUAUUACUGCUGUUUUUGUUGGCGUACUUGAGCCAGACAACUUCGUGAAGAACAAUACAAGUCGUGCGCUAUUGGAACAACAUGGUAUAGACUAUAUUCUUGUCCCUGGGUUUCAAGAAGAAUGUACUGAAGCCGCAUUGAAGGGUCAUUGA